AUGAGAUUAUGUUCUAAUGCGGCGUGCAGGCAUACAUCGCCACUUUGUUCUUUAUGGUCUGAUGGAAUAUCUCGGCAGAAGGUUUGUCCGACAUUUCCGUACUUCCUUUCCCUGAGUUUUAAUUCCUCUUUGAUUUGUCUGAACCUUAAAAGCGGCUUUCUAUCAACUAUUCCUGUCCAUAGCUUCGACCGACAGUUCACAGCGGAUGAGGUUCUGCAGCUGCUUGAUCGUUUCUACAACCUAGAUAUGCUGAAAUCAGAUGAUGAGGACUCUGACAUUCUCAAUCACGAGGAAGAGUUUAGCUUGCCGCAGAGUUACUUUGAUAAGGAAGAUAAAGAAUAA